GAGAGAGAGAGAGAGAGAGAAGGUGCAGAGAAUGGGAGGGAGGCACGACAUAGACGAUUUGCCAAAGAACAGUGCGAACCACACUGCCUUGACGCCACUAUGGUUCUUGGAGAGAGCAGCUCUGGUGCACCCCACCAGAAGAUCCGUGGUCCAUGGAUCAAUGCAUUACACGUGGCAUCAGACUUAUCAGCGUUGCCGUCGAUUCGCCUCUGCUCUUUCUAACCAUUCCAUUGGACUCGCCAACACUGUAGCUGUUAUUGCACCCAACAUUACAGCACUUUAUGAAGCUCAUUUUGGAAUUCCAAUGGCAGGAGCUGUAUUGAACACUGUGAAUAUUCGGCUAAAUGCAUCAACAGUGGCUUUCCUUCUUGCUCAUUCAUCAGCAGCAGCUGUAAUUGUGGAUCAAGAGUUCUUUUCCUUGGCUGAAGAUGCUUUGAAAAUCUGGUCUGAGAAAAGCAAAGCCUUUAAGCCUCCAUUUUUGGUUGUCAUUGGUGAUGAAAAUUGCCACCCCAAGACACUCAAAUAUGCUUUGUCCAAAGGAGCCAUCGAGUAUGAGAAAUUUCUAGAGAGUGGUGACCCUGAAUUUAAGUGGAAACCUCCAGAGGAUGAGUGGCAAAGCAUUGCUUUGGGCUACACUUCUGGUACUACUGCUAGUCCUAAGGGUGUGGUGUUACACCACCGAGGGGCAUAUCUCAUGUCUCUAAGUGGGGCUCUUAAUUGGGGAAUGAAUGAAGGUGCUGUUUAUCUGUGGACACUUCCCAUGUUUCAUUGCAAUGGCUGGUGCUAUACUUGGACUCUUGCAGCUCUUUGUGGGACAAACAUUUGUCUUCGUCAGGUGACAGCUAAGGCAGUGUAUGCAGCCAUUGCCGAGUAUAAAGUGACUCAUUUUUGUGCAGCACCAGUGGUGCUUAACACAAUAGUCAAUGCCUCUCCUGAGGAAACCAUCCUUCCUCUACCACAUGUUGUACAUGUGAAUACAGCAGGGGCAGCUCCUCCUCCAUCAGUAAUAGCUGCGAUGUCUCAACGAGGAUUUCGUGUCACUCACACUUAUGGUCUCUCAGAAACCUAUGGCCCCUCCACAGUAUGUGCCUGGAAGCCAGAGUGGGAAUCACUGCCCCUUGAACAGCUAGCCAGGCUUAACGCAAGGCAAGGGGUGAGGUACAUUGCCUUGGAAGGCCUAGAAGUUAUGAACACUAAAACCAUGCAACCUGUUCCUGCUGAUGGUGCCACUGUUGGUGAAAUUGUGAUGAGGGGUAAUGCAGUGAUGAAAGGGUACUUAAAGAAUCCAAAAGCUAAUAAGGAGGCUUUUGCUAAUGGAUGGUUUCAUUCUGGUGAUCUUGCUGUGAAGCAUUCAGAUGGAUACAUUGAAAUUAAGGACAGGUCAAAGGAUAUCAUAAUAUCUGGUGCUGAAAAUAUCAGUAGUGUUGAAAUAGAGAAUGCUCUUUACUCUCACCCUGCAAUACUUGAGGCAUCAGUGGUUGCAAGGCCAGAUGAGAAAUGGGGUGAGUCUCCUUGUGCAUUUGUGACUCUGAAGCCAGGGGUGGAUAGUAAUAAUGAGCAGUGUUUAGCUGAAGAUAUAGUGAAGUUUUGCAGGUCCAAGAUGCCUGCUUAUUGGGUCCCAAAAUCAGUUGUGUUUGGACCAUUGCCAAAGACAGCUACUGGGAAGACUCAGAAGCAUUUGCUGAGGGCAAAGGCAAAGGAGAUGGGACCUGUUAGAAUGAGCAAGUUGUAA